AUGCCUAGCGCGGACCGCAUCCCGUCCAUCGCCGAACGUCUCGAUCGCCUCGACCACGCAGUCUCCUCCAUCGCAACCCAGAAUCUUCACAGCCCUCUGUCCAACGAGGGAGUGGACUUGCAGUCGCAGGCAUUGAGGCCGCCGCUGCCGGUUCAGCAUACCCCACAGGACAGCGCAUCGUCGGUGCAUCAUCCCUUUCCCGGUGCGCCUGGUGUCGAUGCUGGCGCUGACGUGCUCACCGAGGAAGACGAUAGCCGCUACAUCGAGCCUGAUGGUCUCUCAUCACUAGCAGCGCACUCGACGUUCGCCGUUGACUUCCUGACAAAGGUCGCUAACUGGGACGAGCGGGGCGAUCUCAGCGGCAGUACGCGCGGGCUCCUCAGCGCCCUAAAUGAGGCGGUUGGCGCUGUGCGGCAGCCUCACACUGGCUCGCACUCUCGCGGUUCCCCUAAUGAGCGUAGCAGGCCGGCAGCUAGCCGCAAGACGACAUCCUCGCAACACAAGAGCAUGCCCCCUCUAGAGGUCUCCGUCGCCAUCAUCCAGCAGGCCCGAGCGGUCAACAGCCUCUAUUUUGGCUUCUUCCGGAAGCUGUCUCCUUUGGCCAGCCUUUCCGAUCUUUGCCUCAGCAUCUACUUCGAACCUGUGUACGAUCGCGCUGACUACAUCAUCGUCAACUGCAUCUUGUACAAUUUGCUGGAAGAAGCGAGAACUUUCUCGCCUGCUCAGGGCGAGAGCCUGCAAGCUUACCAAGAGUACAGAGGAUGGUUCGCGGCCAACCUCGAAAAGGCACUUAAUAACCUGCCCCUGCUGAUGCCGCGUACCCAUCGCAUGGUCCUUGCGCUUGCCAUAAGUGUGAGUCAAUAUCUCGUCCCUGAUCUGUGGCAGAACGCCAGCACUGACAGUCAGGACGAUGCGCAGUCCAUGUAUGCCAUGGGCAAUUCCAAAACGGCGCUAUCCCAGACCUUGGUCGCAUCAGCUUACCAGGCAGCCUGUGUGCUGGGCUACCACAAGAUAGGAUCCGAUGUCCCUGACCAUACCGGCUUGCUGUUCUGGGUCAUCUACUUCCUUGAAAAGGCCCUGAGCCUACGUCUGGGGCGUGCCUCCACUAUUCCAGAUGACGAUAUCACCGUUCCAUAUCCUGGUGGGGCUGAUACUUCAUGCCCCAUUAUGCUGUACUGUCAGCUGCAGGUGAAGCUUGCUAGACUGGCGGGCCGGGUCUACCUCGAACUCUUCUCUGCUCGAUCGCUCGAGUUGGACGCGGACACCCAGCGAUCUAGAGUUCAAACCUUGGCUCACGACGUAACAAUGAUUCAGCAAGCGUACGCACUCAAUGCGCCCAAGCUACGCAGCCUCGCGUCCGCCCAGGAUCGACUGCCAUUGUAUGAAUUCACAACUGCCUCGGAUGCAGUCAUCUUCUUCUCUCUUUUGACUCUCGUCCAUCGGGCUUCUCCACUGCCCAAAGGCUUACGGCAGCCGUUCAAUGACGAAUGUCUCCGCUGCGCCAGGGCAGCUCUCUCACGGCACAAUCAAUCUGACAUGAGUACACCUCCUCUUCUUGACUUCUAUAUGAACUGGACCCUACUAUUCUUCCCCUUCAUCCCAUUCUUCGUUCUGUUCUGUCAUGUCAUCAAUACGGGCGAGCGUGAGGACUUCACCCUCCUUGGAACCUUUGUCACGUCCAUUGGAGGCGCCUCGCAGCAUCCCGCUCUUGAGGGACUUCACCGCCUCUUCCAAGCGUUCUACGUAGCUGCGCAAAAUUACCUAGAGCGUAAGAACGAGCCCACGGUGCAACGUGCCGAAGACAAGGAGCUCGAGGCGCAGCUGGAUUCCUAUCUUGGCACGCUCGGAUUGCGACCUCUCGCGGACCUCACAGACGACCAUUCGUGGUAUUACCCGAACGAUGGCGACUUAUUGGCGCAGAACCAGGGAUUCAGCACCGAGGACUUGUACAUGAGUGGACAAGAUGCAGACCCCUCGUUGCAGAGUCUGUCCUUUCAGCCGCCCAAUCUGGAAUGGUUCGGUAUGAAUCAGCCAAUCUUCAGUACCAUGCGUCCGAACCCACAGUAG